AUGGGAAGGGGGAACACAACCAGCAUCUCAGAAUUCCUCCUCCUUGGACUCUCUGAACAGCCAGAUUAUCAGCUGAUCCUCUUUGGACUAUUUCUAGUUAUGUACAUUUUCACCAUGUUGGGAAACCUGCUCAUCAUACUGGCGAUUGCCUCCAACUCCCACCUCCACUCUCCUAUGUAUUUCUUCCUGGCCAACCUCUCCUUCAUUGAUACCUGUUUUACUUCCACCACAGUCCCCAAGAUGCUGACGAAUAUCUGGGCCCACCGCCAAAACAUCUCCUAUGCUGGGUGCCUCACUCAGAUGUAUUUCUUCAUGACUUUUGCCCUCCUGGAUGACUUCCUCCUUGCUGCCAUGGCUUAUGACCGCUAUGUGGCCAUUUGUCUUCCUCUCCACUAUACCACAGUCAUGAAUCCUGCUCGCUGUGUGCUGCUAGUGACUGUAUCCUGGCUCUGCUCCCACCUCAUUGCCCUCUCCCUCACUCUCUUUAUGACUCAGUUCUCUUUUUGUGGAUCCCAUGUGAUCCCUCAUUUCUUCUGUGAUCUCCUACCCCUUCUAAAGCUUUCCUGUUCAGAUACUGACAUCUUUCAGGUGGUGAUGUUCAUUGAUGCUGCCCUGGCUGGUUUGGUCCCAUUCACUUGCAUUUUGUUCUCCUAUGUCCACAUUAUCUCCACAGUUUUCAGAGUCCCUUCUGCCGAUGGGAAACGUAAAGUCUUCUCCACCUGUGGCUCCCACCUUUCAGUGGUCAUUCUCUUCUAUGGGACUGUCAUCCUAGUGUAUUUAAGGCCCUCAUCCUCAUAUUCAGCAGAGACAGGAACCAUCGCAUCUGUGAUGUAUACAGUAGUGACUCCAAUGCUGAAUCCCUUCAUCUAUAGCCUGAGGAACAGGGAUAUAAAGGGAACUCUGAGGAGGCUAAGAAACAAAUUAUAUUGA